CUCACAACUCAAUUCGGCCGCCGCGCACGGAGCUAGAGCAUACGUUGAGCGGCGUUCGUGCGAGGAACAAGUCUACCAUCGUUCUCCCUCGCGUGGUGAUGUGUCUGCGCUCUUCGCGCCGACUUUGACCCUCCUCGGCCCUUGACCAACGCUAGGUCCAAGAUGAAACUGUGGUUUACCAGCCUGGUUUCAAUCCUCCUCCUGCAAUUGGUGUCUGGAAGACGUCAUCCUGAGCUUAACAGCAGCUCGAGCUUUCUUGAAGAGAAGCCACAUCGAAUAUCGUGCGACGCAGCGCACCAAUUGUGCAUGUAUCGCGAGGGUUGUGGCGUUGCGCUUCAAAACUACAUGUGGAGGUGCGCUAGCUAUCUGAACGGCCAGGACAGAUUGGAUUACUGUCCGAUGGCUUGCCACGAAACCCUCAUAGCGCUAACAUCCACCGAGCAGGGAAAACACAUGAUGGACUGCAAGUGCUCAGAUGAGAAGUGCGAACGGCAGUUGCGACGGGCGCAAAUUUGCCGGCCGCUGGUUGAAGAGGCGAUUCGCAAGGACUCCGUCGUCUCUUGCAGCAUAGCCACGUUGAUAUGCCAAGCCGACACCUUGUGCUCGAGGGCCCUGGGCUUCUAUGAGACCAACUGCAAGAGCAUAGUGCACGGCAAGAAGUGCACCGAGAGGUGCAACAACUCACUCUCCAUCCUCAUGCGGCAAGUAAUGGCGUCCAAAUUGGAAAAUUGCGUGUGCGAUGGCAACGAAAAAUAUGAUUGUCUAACCGUGCGGUCCAACAUCGCGCGUUUGUGUCUGCACCAGCUGCCGACCACCCCGCUGCCGCCUCCAAACAUGAACACCAACGAGGUGUUUUCGGCGGCGGCCACCCCCACUACCCCCUGCUGGACGAUCGCAGCUGUUGUUGUGCUCGGACACUACUUGCUGUCUCUAGUCACCCGCGAAUCGUGACCCUGAUUGAUGGUGCGGUGUUAGUGGCCUUUUUCAACCUACCUCGUCCCUUGAUCAUACUCUGACGCCCCUUGUUCUCGCCCAAAUGAAAGCAGCAUCAUGGCACAAAGCAGACAACAACAAAACAACGUCAAGACCAAAAAUGUCCCUUUGGUGUCAUUUCCUCUGCGGCUCUUUCGCCAAUUUAACUCAGGACCCUCUUGACUAGUUGAUCCCAUAGUCGACCUUUCAGCCACUUUCCUCCUUAACUUAUAAUUGUGAUAUGUAUUGCGCAUCAGCGAAUGCAUCGAAUCUAUAAUUCGAUCUGUAAUGAAAAUCCAAUUAUUUGCAAGAGUGAUUUGUGCUGAUAUUUUAUUGUUUUGUUGUGAACAGAAUUUUUUAUCGUAUAUUGAAUAAGUUAAAAUGAGUGUACAUGAGUGUGACUACGUAUUAUUGAGUGCGAAUUUUAAUUUAUUUCCGAAUACAUGUCCUGUGCGUGCAGUGAAAAGGCAAACGCAACAAUCUUAGUACAAAGUAGCCGUUAGUGUAACACUGCAUAAUUUUGAAACCGACGCUCAAAAAUCAGUAACAUAUAUAUUAAAUAACUUAUUUCCAAAGCCAGACCUGAAUAUACUCAAAAGCAAAUCUAUAUACACAAGGAAAUUCACCUUGUGGAUUGAUUUGGUGAAUUAUUACUGGUGUUCAGUGACGUUAAGUGCCAAUGAGUGUGAGUUUUGAUGAAUAUAUUUCAAUUGAUAUAAUUGUAAAUAAUUAAUAAAUUGUACUAUCAACAAGUGAAUUUUAAAUAUUUUUAUACGCCGUACUUGGAGAUGAAUAAAAACUGAUUAUGAUAUUGUGGACAAAAGAAA